AUGAUGGAUGAGGAUAGAACUGGAGAGGAUGGUCAAAAUGUGAAGAAAUCUCAAAAAUACGCAGCUCCACUUGAAGACAACGCCUGCUGGAGAGGCUGCAAGCAAAGCUUUGCAGGCUGGAACAACUCAGUGGUGCCUCCAUUCCAUGCAACCCCAUUUGGACCCCUGGAGCAAGGAGCCCACAUGGGACUCCACUCACCAACCACCAACUUCCAGCCCUUGCAGUCUUCAUAUGACCCAAGCAAUGUUGCUUAUGGACCACCUUUAGCUUCCCCAAUGUUGAGAGAAAGCUUUGCUGGGUCCCAAUAUAUUGCUUCAAGGCCUGUGAGAUAUUCACAACUGUGGGGUCAGGAAGGACCCUCUGGAUCUUCUUCUGCUGGAGGUUCUUACAGGGAUAGUUUGGGUGAUGCUUUCCCAAGAACAGGGGAUGCCAUGGAUGAGUUUGGGGCCUCUUAUCACAGAGCCAGGAAUGACAGCAGGAAUGCCACUCCAAAGAGCUCUUCAAGUAGAGCAAAUUCUGAGGCUCCAUGGCAAACACAAACACUGUCUCAGUGCAUGGAGACCUGUAAUCAAGCACUCUGGAAUCCUCAGCAAAACAUGAACGCUUGUUUGACCAGCUGUUUUCAUCAGCAGCCAUCUCAGGUCCAACAAAUGGCCAACAAUUUUGACCUCAGGAGCUUGUCUCAUAGCAGAGCCAGUCCAAGGCCUGAGGAUGAUGCUGGAAAUGUGCAAAGAGCCAUUGGAGAAGCUGCCCAGCAAUUGCUUCAGCAUGAAGCCCUGAUUACCAGCCACCACAACCCUCAAUCUCCAACAUUGAUCAGAGAGCAAAGCAAAGUCCAUCUGAUCAAGAAUAUUUUGCUGCUGGCACAAGAUUUGCUCAACCCUUCAACAACAGCUGGGUCUCAAACAUCUCCUCUUAUGCAAUCACCCUCUUCAUGCUCUCAAUGCACCAAAUCAUCUUCCCCAACUUAUGGAGAAACAGGUAGGUCAAAGCAAAGUGGAGGCAGUGAAAUAAUGGUCAAUGUGCCAAAGGUUCAUUUUGAUGAUAAUGUCUGGCAAAUGAGUGCAUCUUCCCAUGGUGGAGAUGUGAGUAAGACCACUUGGGCAGAACAGCAGUAUGAUGAUGAAUCAACUUGGACAACUGAUGUUCUUCCAGCUUCUGUUGGAGGUGCAGAGAGUGAGAAAAGCUUUGGAUCUUUUCAACAGAAUACUGGAUCAAGAGAGAUUUGUGACUACAUGCAAACAAGCUCAGACAUGUACAAUGGAAAAUACAAGACCAAAACCGGAUUUGAAGCUUCUUCCCAAGACACUGGGUUCAAAGACACCCUGGACAAGCAAGCCAGCUCUGGAGGCAAAUGUGAGGAAGAUGGAUCCUCACCCUGCACUAACAUCAUCAGUCAAUUUGGAAAUAUUCUUGAGAUGAAAAGAUGCAAAUGGGAUGAACCCACCUCAGCGCAGUCUUCUGGCACAAGAACAGAACAAACCAUUUCCCCACACCUUCUCACAGACCAGGUGGCCAAGUUUGAAUAUCUAAGCAAAGAGCUCAGCAGACUUUGGAUAGCCCUGGAGGAGUUGAAAAAUUUGCAAGACACCCCUGGCAAACAGAAACUUUCUGGGCAGAAAUCAGACUCCAGCCCUUGCAGAGAACCUCAAAUCACAACUUCAGAGCAGAAGGAAACCACUGAAACUGGAUCCUCAGAAAGAGGAUCUAGUAAUCCUGAAAGGACUUCUCACAUUGGAUCUGGAUCACAUGCCAAUUCACAAGAACCUAUGCUUACAGACCUUGUAAUUGAAUCUCUGGAAGCUGCUCUGGCUGAUCACAGCUCACAAAAGCAGUAUUUUCAAGAACCUAUCAAGUCCUCAAAAGCAGAUGUGACAGCUCUUUUGGAAAAGCUGAAGCAAUCAGUUCCUGGAUACUUUGAAUCUGAGAAAUUUGAACCUGAUCAGCCUGAUGAAGACUCAUCCACAUUCAAGAGUGAGCCUUUCCAAGUUGAGAAAAUUUUCUUUGAACCUUCAGAAGACACUGUUUCAACUGAUGAAGGCAUUGUCUGCAAAUUGAAUAGGACAUUGAAAAUCAUGGAAAAGAAUCACUUGAGCAUCACUUCAGUGUCUCUCUCUGUUGAUGACCUGACCUUGAUUCUUUCAAAUCUUUCCUCUCAAGAGGAAAAGCAAGUACAUCCAAAACAGGAAGAAGAAAAGGCUGGCAGUCGGAAGUUAUCUGUGAAGCCAUCAUAUUCACAUGACCCACUUCUGGAUGAAACUGAUAUUGAAUUUGGCUUUGGACGCAACACAAAUCAAGUAGAGCUUACCCCAACAGCAUCUGCAAUCAUAAACAAGGUUCUUGGGGACUGGGUCAACCCUGUGAAACCUGCUUCAGGUUCUGGGAAUUUUGAAACUACUACAUUGACCUACCACAGUUUGAGGUUCCUUACUGAUCUUCUGGAGGAUGCAUUGAGAAGUGAUCCAUCCCCUUCACAUGAAUUGAGGAAUUUCCUCAAGCAUCUGAAGGAUUUGUGUGAUGAGUCUGAAUCUAUUGGGGAUGACCACAGUGACAGUGUGUUCACCAUCAGGAUACACAACAGAACUAAUGACCAAGAAGUGCUGGAAGAGAGAGACACAGCCACCUACAGUCCACAGGUCCUUAAGUCACCAGUGCCAACUCCAAGCCCUGCAUCUAAUGUCCCAGAAACUAUCACUGGAGUUUUUGGAUCAUGGGGUACAUCUGGAAGAGCAAAUGCCAUUGCAUCUCCAAUGCUCUCAAAAUUUGAAUUGCCUUCAAUUGCCCCCAACCCUGACUUUUUGGUUUCAAGUAAUGCCAGCAGUCCUCCUGAAGACAAGCAUGGACAUGAGUCACUGGCAGUCAAUACUGAGAGCUUUAGUUCAAGGAAACAUGAUGCAGUAUUUCAGAUUGGAGUUGACCCAACUGAUGAAAGCCUAGUUGCUGAUAAACAAAGUUUGGAUAAAUACAGCCCAGUUUUUGGAAAAAUUUCAGGAGCUGCCAAGAAAAAUGAAAUUGAGGAUGAUACCGAGUCUCCAGGCCCAGACUCCACUCCCCCAAGUCCAGAUCUUCUGGCCUCCAGGGCUUCCCACAUGAACAUCUCUCAUCAGACAACUGAAAAGCCAGCAACCACCCUGCCAACACCAGCAAAUCUGCCCAUGGUCACAAGGGAGCAAGUGACAGCAUCACUGGCCUCGGUUCUUCAGCCACCUAAUAAACUCCAGUCAGCUCUUCAAGUCCAGUCAGCUCAUCAAUUCCAGUCAGCUCAUCAAUUCCAGUCACCUAUUCAUUUACAAAGCAGCCAAGACACAGAGAAUAACCCAGAUGCCAAUCAUAUCCGAGACUUGGUGCAGUCCAUAAACAAGACUACCCCUGUUUGUUCCACACCUUUUGAGCCUUGCAAGGACUGUGACCCAAAGAUGAAGCUUCAGGAAAUCCAACUGGAACAAGAGAGGUUAUCCAAAGCAGCAGAUCUCAAUCAAGAACAUGAUUUCCCUAUGGAGUCCAAUGACAAUGUUCAAAAGGGGCUGGUUAUGCCUACCAGAAAGGAAAUUCCCAAGAUUCCAGAUGAUGAUGAUGAUGAUGAAUCUUCUCACCCAAUGACUGCUGCUGAAGAAAUCCAACUUGUCAAGGACUUGGUGAAACCAUAUUUUAAUGAUUCAGACCCAGAGAGUGAGCUUUGGAUGGAUGAAGAAAAUCCAGUUGCUCAACCUCAUGUACCAAGAGCUGAACUUAUUGCAGAUAUGGAUGAUAUUUUCUUCAAACCUUCUCAGCCAUCUGAUUCCAAGAUGGAAGUGAAGAAGAGUGACACAGAAGGUGCUGUUUCUGAGGAGCUUGUUGUGCCAAAACCCAAGAUGUUGGAUCAAAAUGGAAACUUCCAGGAAAAUUUCAUUCCAGAAAAUGUCCAAGCUAAGCCUGUGGUGCCCAGAGGGUUUUUGGAUGCAACCUCAUCUGAUGACACCAAUGAAGGCUUAGAAUCACUUUCAGACAAUGACCAGGAACAAAAUGCAUUGGAUACAACAACACCAGAACAGAUGGCAGAACAUUAUGACUUGAAGCCUGAGGAGGUGACAUUUGAAAGCUGGGCUCAGGAGAGUCCAGAGCUCUUGGAGCCAGUGGAUGAGAACAUGUUGCUGGUGGCCAGAGCCAUUUUCCAUCACCUCAAGUGCUUCAAGUCUAAUACUUUUUCACUCCCCGAGGCUAGCAUUAGGAAUGAUGAUCUUUCUUCACUGGAAACCAAUGAGUUUGUCAAAGCAGUGGCUCCAGCCAUGAGCAUGUUCAAUCAUUCUUGCUGUCCAAAUGCUGCAUGGGACUUCAUUGAUGGCAAAGUCAUUUGCAGGGCUUGGAUCAGAGCCCUGGGCAAGAGUGAAGCUGAGUACCUCCAGAAACAUGAGUCUUUCUCUAUGGAUUCCUUGGAGGACACUAUCCAGGUCCUGGAGCAGCAUGUGGUCAACUUGGACCCACUGGUGCCAAGGGAUGCCAUUGAGCAUGUUUUACCUGUUGAAAUGCUGAGGAAGUGCUACUUACUUCAGGGCUAUGUGCACAAAAGAUGA